AUGCUAACGUCACCACGAUCCUACUUAUCCAAUGCUUCAGAUACCUGGCCUGCAUUUGAGUGUCUUCGUAGCCAAUAUAUGGCCGCCGCAGACUUUGUAUUCGAUCGUCUACUUGUGGAACUAUACAUUUUAACCGACUUUUAUAUCAAGAAACGCCAUCAGCAUCAGUCAGCCAGCUUUCCAAAAGACGCACCCUUAAGGCUUGGCAACCUCUGGAAAGAGUUUCAGGAGCUCCAAAAAGGCCUAACUGAUCAGCAACAAGACUCCUUCCGGGGCGUCAUGACGCUAACGCUCGCCUACUUUGCCUCCUCAUGGAUACUCAUUGCACUGCUUCACACGGAAACUCAUACUCUUCAAUCUAGGAUAGAUCUUCACCAAGCUUGCGAAAUGGUCUUGAACUGUGUCAAGCUCCUUAAGGAGAGAAAGUCGACCUGCGUCCAUAUCAGGCUAUUCUUUCCUCUAGUCCUCGUCCAGCUAUACAGCCCUAUCGAGGAUUACCGCACACGGGCAAAGUGGUAUAUCGAGGCGUGGCUGCGUCAGGCUGUGUAUCUUGGUCUUGGUGCACCCAAAUCUGUAGAGCUAACGGCACCAAAGGUCUGA